CUGACCCAUGAAGAGGAGGAGGAGUGUAAUAGGUGGAGGAAACAAGAGGGGGAAAAAACGGGUAGCAGCAGAGUACAGGAGGACAUCCCGUCAAUGAUAAACACUCCCAUGGAUGCGGCCAACUUCGGACUACCUGAAAGACUCGAAACUAAAAUGUUUUUACUUAUUUAGCGUUUGUUUUUCUGCUCCUUGUGCACGAAGCAGCCGGCUGAGGGAGGAGAUGCGGUGAUAUCAUGAGCAAAGCCGGCCAGCGAGAAAGAAAGGAAAGACAGAGAAGAAGAAGAGAGGGGGAGGGAGAGGGAGAGGGAGGGAGGAAGAGGGAGCAGGGGAAGAGGAGAGGCGGGGAGUCGGCUACCACCAGGCCAGCUGAGGAUGCUUGUUGUUUCUAGAAGCGGGAUUAAUCACAGGGCUGAGCGCUGAUCCUUCCCCCGGCGCACCGAGCGCACCUCUCCACGCUGCAGCUGUCCCGAGCCAGCACGCCUUUCGGCCGUCUGGCCCGGUCUGCCCCCGAGGCUGUUUGCCUUUUUGAUGCUCUUCCCUCUCUUCCUCUAUUUCCUGAUGCAGGGCCGGGGAGGGGGCGAGCCAAAGUGUGCACCGGAUAUUGGAAAACCCAUUCUUCUUGCUGAUGCUGUUUGUGAUAAUAGAUUGUUAUCUGGACAACGCCGCAUCUACACAGAAAGGCAGAUUGUGACCAAAUGAGGCCCGACUUGACAGGAAGAGGGGAAUGUAUGGGCUCGGGAGGAUUAUGAAAACAUUUUUUUUGGACGGCAACAGAAGAACGGGGGUCCCUGAUAUCGAUCAGGGCAUUCUGGCUUCGGAUAUUUGAGACUGCUCUUACAGAAAUCAAUCUGUGGCAAAUGUAGCCUUCCUGUCCAGGUCUGAAUGAGAUUUUUCGUUACUGCUGUACUCUUGGCCAGCUGCAUAAGCUAUAUAGGAUCAAUCAGCUUUAAACUACAGUUAUUUAUAGCAGGGGGUGGGUUUCAUGUGACUGUUCGCACCUCUGUGGACGUCUCCCAUCUCUGGUACCGGCUAAACCUCACACGUCCUCAUCUCUGAUCUUUUCCUACCUUUCCUCUGAAUAAUGCCGCUUCCUGUGCUUUGGUAACGCUGACUUGAAAGACUCUGGAUUUACAGAGUGGAAACAGGACCGGUUCUCACUCCUGACCGCAUGACAAACAAUUGCAUGGGAGUAGCCUGCAAGGCCCGGCUUUAGAUCACGACCAGUCCGCACCUCCUCUCUUUUCCUUUCCUCCUCUCUGCACCGCCGUAUAGCCGCCUGUAAUGUGCGUUACGGCAUUACGCACGGAGCAGGAGCGAGCGCUAUCUUGAUUUGCCUUAUAUCUGGAAUAGAAUUUCAUCUCGGGAAGGAUGAGCAGCAAAGAGCUGACGGUGGGCCAGUCCAAUCAGUUUGUGGGGCCUUACCGGCUGGAGAAGACCCUCGGGAAGGGACAGACAGGACUUGUGAAGUUGGGUGUCCACUGUAUAACAGGGCAGAAGGUGGCCAUAAAGAUCGUCAACAGAGAGAAGCUCUCCGAAUCGGUCCUAAUGAAGGUGGAGAGAGAAAUAGCUAUUCUUAAACUAAUAGAGCACCCUCAUGUUCUGAAGCUGCAUGAUGUCUAUGAAAAUAACAAAUACCUGUACCUUGUGUUGGAGCAUGUAUCUGGUGGAGAGUUAUUUGAUUACCUGGUGAAGAAGGGUAGGCUCACCCCCAAAGAGGCCAGGAAGUUCUUCAGACAAAUCAUCUCUGCCCUCGACUUCUGCCAUAGUCACUCCAUAUGUCACAGAGACCUUAAGCCAGAGAAUCUCCUCCUGGAUGAGAAGAACAACAUCAGGAUAGCAGACUUUGGCAUGGCCUCGCUACAAGUUGGGGAUAGUCUGCUGGAAACCAGCUGUGGAUCUCCCCAUUAUGCUUGCCCAGAGGUCAUAAGGGGUGAGAAGUACGAUGGUCGUAGGGCGGAUGUUUGGAGUUGUGGAGUCAUUCUGUUUGCUCUCCUCGUGGGUGCCUUGCCUUUUGAUCAUGACAACCUGCGACAGCUUCUAGAGAAAGUGAAAAGUGGAGUAUUCCACAUGCCACACUUUAUACCUCCUGACUGCCAAGCUUUGCUCAAAGGAAUGAUAGAAGUCAACUCUGACAAGAGACUAACGCUUGAAGCAAUACAGAAACACCCCUGGUACCUCGGCGGUCGGAACGAGCCCUGUCCAGAGCAGCCUCCCCCUCGCCGAGUGUGUAUGAAGAGGAUCCUGUCCUUAACCGAGCUUGACCCUGAUGUCCUGGAAAGCAUGUACUCCCUAGGGUGCUUCAGAGAUCGGGUUAAACUCACACAGGACCUUACAAGUGAGGAGGAGAACCAGGAAAAGAUGAUCUACUACCUCCUGUUGGACAGGAAAGAGCGAUACCCCAGCUGUGAGGACGAGGAUCUGCCACCAAGAAAUGACAUAGACCCACCCAGGAAGCGUGUUGACUCCCCCAUGCUGAAUCGUUAUGGCCGCAGUCGUCCGGAGAGGAAGAGUUUAGAGGUCCUCAGUGUCACAGAACAGGUUUCUCCCACCCCGCCUCGCAGGGCCCUGGACACUAAUGCAUACAGCCAGAGGUCUCGUUCAGUCAGUGGGGCCUCCACAGGUCUGUCCUCCAGUCCUCUUAGCAGUCCCAGGAGUCCGGUCUUCACUUUCAGCCAAUCAGAAGUCACCUCCACCGCUUCCUCCUCCAAAGACCCCAAACCAGGAAGUGCCACCACCCCUCGACCUACCCGCCCGGCGCCCGACCCAAAAACCCAGACCUUGCCCUCAAAAGGCCCCGCAGAACGGCCCCAGCUUCACACCAUGAAGUCCCUCCCACUCCAGACACCACGCUCCCCUUCCCCUUCGCCCUCCCCUAUACUGUCCCCCAUUCCACGCUUCUUCAACUUCCCGUCACCAUCUGUCUUCAAGUCCAAGAACGUCCACUCGUCCUCUAACUCCUCUGCCACCCCUCCCCCUGUGUCGCAGGUCACACCGCAGGGCUCGCCGCUGCCCACCCCGCUGGGCACGCCUGUGCACCAACUCCAACACCCUUCCUCCACCACCCCUCCCUCCUCUUCCUCCUCGUCUUCUUCCUCCAGAGCGGACGGAGCCGGAGGGGCCUCGCUGUCGCUGACCCCGCCCUCCAGCCCGGGGGGCAGUGGUGGGAUGGCCGCCUCGGGCUCUGCUCACUGGAGAUCCAGGCUCAACUCAUUCAAGAACAACCUUCUGGGCUCUCCGCGCUUCCACAGGCGCAAACUACAAGUUCCUACAUCAGAGGAUAUGUCCAGUUUAACUCCAGAGUCCAGCCCAGAGCUAGUGAAGCGGUCCUGGUUUGGUAACUUCAUCACGCUGGAGAAAGAGGAGCAGAUCUUUGUCUUGAUCAGAGACAAGCCGCUCAGCUCUAUCAAGGCUGACAUCGUCCAAGCUUUUCUCUCCAUCCCAUCCCUCUGCCACAGUGUGGUGUCUCAGAAUAGUUUCCGGGCAGAAUACAAGUCCUCUGGUGGUCCUUCUGUCUUCCAGAAACCUGUCAAGUUCCAAGUGGACAUUGCUUUCUCUGAGGGAGAGAGGGAGCGAGAGAGGGAACGAGCAGAGAGAGAAGGGAGACGAGAGCUGGGCAUUUACAGCGUGACCUUCACUUUAAUAUCAGGUCCGAGCCGCAGAUUCAAAAGGGUAGUGGAAACCAUUCAAGCUCAGUUACUGAGUACUCAUGAUCAGCCUUCUGUGCAGGCAUUGGUUGAUGAGAAGAACGAUCAGCUUUCCCGCCAGCCCAGCACUCCUACACGUCAGAACUCCAGGAGAUCUGAAAGCGGAUCGGAGCGGGGAGAGGGGGAGCAUGCGGCAGAUGGGGGGAGCAGUAGCGGAAGCAGCAGCGGAGCCGUCUUACAAAGACGAGGGUCGGGAAAAGACAAGGCCAGACUCUCGCCGUCCAACGGGACACAGGCUCACCCUUGAAAAGAAUGUUGUGGAAGAGAAGUGAGGGCCCUACGAAGGGCCCUUUUCUCUUCCUCUCUUUAGUCCUUUCCACAUUCUUUCCUUUCCUAUUUCCUUACUUCCUGCCUUGCUUCAUACUUUUAGUCCUAAGCAAUGGGAUGGAAAAAGGGAGAAGAUUUUCCUUGAAGCUGAUCUAGGGAUUUAAUGAAGAAUUCCCCCUGAAAUGGCUCGUUUUCUCAGAAAUGUAUAUUUUUGGAGACUACUGGAGCUGAUCUCUAAUUAGCCCUAAAGGAUAGCUUCAACCUGGUGGGACAAGCCUAAAAACAAAUGAUGUCCAAAAAGCUCCACUUUACUAUGAAAAUACAAGAAAUUUAGUUCACCUGUUCCUAUGGAUCGAAAAAAAAAAAGCACAUGAAGUUCCCACUGACCAAUCACAUGCAACACAUCGUUCAAACUCAACAAUCAAGUUCCCACCCAUCAGUCAGAGUGGCUCGUGAAGAUGUUGGUCAGUGACGGAGCCCAUCAAGCCAUUCUCAUUCCUCAUUUCCUGGCUAUCCCACGAAUCAGCAAGUCUUUUCAGCAUCACCUGACAUGACAGGAAACCAUCUCUGCUCUCGUCUCAACAGUUUCUAAUUGAAGGCUGCGUUAAGGAAAUGAAAGUAACAAGAGCUAUAGGGAGAGUCCUGUUUUAGACUCAGUUGUGAAAGUGGAUUUAAUUCUUAAAUUAUUAGCCAACUUAAUGCUGUGCUGACAAUGGAUCUGAUGUGUCUAUGUAACAUAACCCUACAGCAAAGUGAAUAUCUUAAUCAACAAACACAACUUGCUUGAGUGUAUGAUAAGUCCCACAAUCAUUUCUGAAUUACACUUAUUUAAAGCUAUGAUACCAUAUUGCCUUUAAUGAAGGAGAAGAAAAAGUGGAUAUCCAGUUAGAUUUAGCCCCAUUUUAAGGACACUAGGACACACCACAAAAUCUCACAAGUAAAAUUGGAUGCUAGGGGAGAAAAAGGUGGCUAGAUAAACACAGGCUAGCGGGCAGUAUCCAUUCGGUAGUAGAAAAGAAGAACAAGUUGUGAAAAGCCUCCAAAGCAAUCUUGGAGAAAUAUUUUGUCAAAAGAGGUUUGUCUCAUAUAACAUUCACAUACCAUAUACACAUGGUUUUAUUGUUCACCGUAGUUCUGUUCUACAUACUGGCCGUGAAGUCUUAAACUUACGCCCUAAUCAGAACCCCAUUUUAACCCUACGCUGCAACCUUCUGGUUGUUUCUGGUUACUGUGUAAGUUAGGAUGUAGAUUUCCUGCAGAAGUCUAAAUCAAGCUUUACCUACCAUAAGUGGAUCUCCAACACAGAAGUGACAAAAUCUUUGUUCCCUGGCAAAGUGCACACCAGUGUUCAGACAAAGCUAAUAUGAAGCUUUAGCGUUAAAAAUAACCAGUCUCCUUUUCGACAAACAGCAGUUGCACAUGUAGGCCUUGCAAGUAUAUAGACCUGUCAAAUGCUGAUUGUCUUAUCUAAACUUCUCAGCAUUUGUCUUUUUUUACUUUUUUGUCCUUGCUCUAACACAAUUCUGUGUUAGUCCAACCAGUGACAGAAUACGGUCACAUUGGAAACCCACAAAUAUUCACCUGAUAGCUUGACUCAAGUUACAGUAACAUAUUUUCAGAACUUAUUAGGUCCUAAGAGCUUGUUUACUUUUCUCCAUAUCCUCUCCAUUUUUGUUUUUCGUGUCUUUAUAAAGGCCAAGUUGAAUCAAACAGCUCCAGCUACCUAAAAAUGUUGUGAGUAAAUUUGUCUUCAAUUUCUGAUUGUUGGUAGCAUGUCUUAAUGAUGACGUGGUGAUGAGUGAGAACCUACACAGAUCGUCAUUAAAAUUUUGGUGAAAAUGCCAGCCUUUAAACUUUGAAACACACUAUCAGCAAAUCAUUUAACUUAGCUAAUCGUUUAACUUAACUUAGCUUGUAGCAAGCCACAAAUUUAGUUGACCUGUUUGCAUAGACUUUAUAUGUAAUUAUGUUAUGCAAAAAUUACAUCACCUAAAGUCUCAUCACCUAUGCAGUCAUCACGUCAUCACCUUUCUAAUGGAACCAGUGUUAGCUUGAUACGUUAGCAAGUACACCUGAUAAAAUCCGUUUUUUAUAAUCGGAUGUGUUGUUACAUCCUUCACUGUAUGAAAGUGAAGGUUUCUUCCACCAAUGGCUUGUGAUGUGCACAUUAGUAAUUGCAGAAAGGUAUCGGGGCAUCUAAAUAUGUGCAAAUGUGACCAUGCUAACUUGGACUGAGUAAUUCCAGUGAUCUGUUACUGUAUUGUUUCCUACAGAAAAAGCCAUCCAACUAAAACAUUAAAGAUAUCUGAUUUGAAACCAGGAGGUGACAAAUCCUGACAGGGGUCACAUGAGGAAGGGUAUUUGUCAUCAGAUGUGGAUUUAUUCCCUGUGACAACCACUUGGAGCAGAAGCGUUUAGUUGUCUAGCUAGCUAUAGCUAGUUAGCUAGAAACUAAACGUUUCAGAAUCUUAGUUACUACAAUUAUUUGAAACAAACAGGAAAUCAGACAGUUAAGGAGAAAAACAAAGGUCCAUUAUUACUUUAUUUAGCACAUCUGCAAUUAGAGACAGCAUUUUUUGGACUUUAAAUUAACCAAAAACAAACAAACAGAAAAUACGUAUGUGUGCGUGCUGGGUGUGUGUUUCAAUUCAUUCAUUCUUUUUUUUUUCAGUUGUCCCAAAUAUGGAUGGACUCCUGUGCUAAAUAAACACCAUAGAUAUGACAUAACUACAAACAUUGCUGAAGCUCCCAGAAGGUUGAUUCUGUUCAUCUGGACGUAGCGUUUCCAGUAGGAGAAACGUUUCGUCACUCAUGCAAGUGACUUCUUCUGUCUCAGCAAACUGCAGGCUUCCCCAACCUCAUUAACAGUACAUUUGCACAAUGACUGAAACUAACACAACAGAAUGAGCAAUGAGGUCAAUUCUUUCUCAGAGACCAUUUAUCAAUGGCCAUGAGUAACAUGGGACUGAACAAGUCACUUGGAUGAGUGACGAAAGUUUCUCCCACUGAAAACGCUACGUCCAGAUAUGAACAGAAUCAACUUUUUGGAAUUUCCUUGGAUGAGCAUCCAUCAAGACAUUACUGAAGCGCUAUGCUACAAUCUGUAAUGUAACCUGAUGUAUAUCUCCCUCGAUAUGUGACUACACAUCAUCCCGCUGGCAUAAAUUCUGGAAAUGGCUACUUAUGUAGCCUCUACAGAGAUUCCGCAAACAAUAGGAGUUUAGGCUUGACAUCUGCCACCAGAGGGCAGUGAAGUAUUUUGGUUUAGAUAAAUGAGUAGUAUAUGUGCUGUUUUUUAAUUUUUUAUUUAUGAAGUUCCGAAAUCUGCAAGCUGCAAAUACCUCAGCUAUCUUAUCCAUUUCGCAUGAACAGUGCUGUUUUCAGACAGUGAUGACACGAUGGAAAAACAUUAUCAACCCUUAUUCAGAUUUUAGCGUUCAUGCAGUAUUCCUGGAUGGCUGUACUUACUGCUAGCUUUAUAGUUUAGCUACCUUUUCUGUGUUACCUAAGUAGAUUGAAACAAAAUCAUUGAAAUUAGCAGAUAUGUAAUUUCCUCUUUGUAGUUCUUUUUAAUAAGUGGUUUCUAAAAUUCCUGAUAUUUCUUUCUUAAAAGUUACACACAAGCCAGCACAUGCCUGUCAGGACAAAUAUGAUCAUUUCAUUUUGAUAAAUUUAGAAUACAAUGAGCUACAGCUCCAUAUUUGCUAAGCCUUUAUAUGCAGGGUAGGGCGCUGAUUGUACCAAGCAGCAGAUAUAUGUGCAUGUGAAUAUUGUACUGAGAAAAAUUCAAACCUCUCCCUCAAUAGAAAAGACAAUUAUGAAAUGACUUGCAGGGAACUUGUGUGCUCAUUUCCAGACCAUCAUAUUUCUACUUUGGAACACUAGAGCAUCAUUGCAUGAUUUACAGUUUUAAAAAAUAAUUUCUUUAAUCUUUUAAAAAUCCUACCUGUAACCCUUCAGUCAUUUUAGACCCUCCCUAAAAGCCCACUUUCUUCCAAUUGUCUUGUUUCUGGAAGCCUGCAGAGGGGCAGGACCCAGAGCUUGUAAACUGUACUGACUGAAUUAUGACUGUAGCAGAUGAAGAAAAGAAACUCAUUCUGGUCGAUCUCAGCUUGUACUGCGAGCUGACGGCAGUCCUUUGGCUCACUGGCAUUACUUUUACAUAUGUUCAUUGCAUUAAUAUGUUUAAUAUGAACAUUCAGCAUCAUAACACUAGACAUACAAAUCAUAAUAGGUCCUCUUAAAGGUAAAUGUGGAAGUCUUUUUAAACAGGACACCCGGGUGUUUUUUAGGGGGUUUUUCCCAACAGCUGGGCAACAGAAACUCAUCCUCGGUGGCAUUUCCUUUUAUAACAAUGCAAAACUGGCAGGUUACAAAUAACUGCUUUGUGUCUGUAGUCAUAAAGACUGUACACAAACUGCCUGGGAAGGAAAAUGAAGCCACAUCUAAGAAAUGAAAUAUGCUUUUUUUGUUUUCUACUUUAUUUCGUUUUUAUACUCUGAUCCAGCUUUUGCGUAUGGGUAUGCUUUUUGUUUUGUUUUUUUAAGUUUUAGAGUCUAACACCAAGAUAGCACCAACAAUGUGAAUGUCAAGAAACUUUUUUGAAACUAUUUAAGAGGUCAGAAAUAUUUUGUUUUGUCUAUUUAUUGAAAAAUUUAUUUAUUUAUUUAUUUAUGUAUUAAUGUAUUUAUGUAUGUGUUUAUUUCUUUAUUUGCAUUGCUGGAUUAUUUUCAUGAAUGGAUAUAGGUGGUUAUAAAGACAGAGAAAUGUUAGUUAUAAGAUGUCUGGUACUGCAGACAAAAACUAAACAAUUAGUCCAAAGUUUCUUUGUUUAAAAUUCAAACAUUUUAAUGCAAAACAGCCCUUUAAGCUUUAUGUUGUGAUUCUGCACUUUACAUUUAUUUUGUCAUCAUUUUUGCCAUUAGAGAUAUCCAUUUUAUAAUGCGAGACCAAGAUUUCACACAAAAUACCUUCACAGCUGAGUCAUUGCCUCUUUUAGGUGUUUGUUCAGUUCAUUUUUUUCUUCUUAAUUGAGACCUCAAACGAAAAGACAGCAGGAUGAUAAUCUGCUGGAAUGUUAUGUAAUUACUUGUUGUAACAAAGAAGUCCGUGUUUCUGUGUGUCUCUAUGUACAACACACACACCAAGGCCUUUCAAAUUAAAGGUCCUUUUCAGCCCAGUAUGUGUCUUUGUGGAUAAAACGAGCAUUAUUAUCUUAAUUAUUGAAUUGAUUUGAGUGUAAAAAUUCCAGUUUGUCCACUAAAUUGGCUUAGUACAGUAAUUUGGCACCAAAUUCAUGUAUUCUAGGUGGUUUUCUGCACUUUGUGUUUAGAACUAACUGGUAAAUGUUAGCAUGCUAUUAGGCCCAUCUAAAAAAAAAAGAACUUGGUGAGCAUUAUACCUGCUGAACAUUUGCAUAUUAACAAUAUAUACACAUAGCAAUUACAAUCUUACUGUUUCAGAGCUACCAAUGACUAGCUGAGCUAACAGUUAGCUAUCAGGUAAGAAUUGGCAUGUUUGGUUAGCAUGGUGCAUUUACAGACUGUGUGUAACUGUUGUGGGUACACUGCACACAGUUACUUCUUAAUUAUUACUAACAGUCGAAUAAAAUAUAAUUUCACUCUGAACAAAAGCCAAGCCAUGUUAUUUGUCAAGUAAUUGCGUUAAACUGCUCUAGAAUACCACUACAGUGUCUGCAGUUAGCUGAGGUGAUAGCUAGCAAAAAUCUACUGGCCUAACCCAGUUGCAAAACAGCCCUAUUAAUUCUUAAUGUUAUUAUUAAGAAAUUAUGGGUUUAAUUAAGGGCAAGUUGUAUAAAGUGUCACCUCCUGAAACUGUGAUCCUAAACUGGGAUAUUAGCUAACAAGAAAACAAAUAUUUAUUUAUUUAUUUUUGUACCACCGUGUAAAUGAGUUUAUUCUGCAUUUGAAUAUGGAAAUCGAUGGGAUUGAUGUGGACAUUGGAGGAACUGCAGUUUUUGGGCUUCUACUUUGGCUUCGUAUUUGAGCCCCGGAGGACGUGAGUUGUUUGGCAUGCUAACAUUGACAUUUAGCUCAAACACUGCCAAGUAUUACAAUGCUAACAGUUUACAGAGCAGUCAUGUGCACUCCUUGUAAAACAUUAUGUGUCGUUUCAAGCAAACCAGCUUCAUUCCUCACUGACCUUCAGGCGUGUUUGUCAUUACAUCUUUUGUUUUUUUUUCUUGCUAUAUUCCUGGUUGCUUUUGCAAAUUCUGCUUCAGCUGCCUAUAACUAGUUUAAAAGAAGGAGCUGCAAAAUGAAAGUUUUCACAAUUUCCUCUCUGAUGAGUACAGCAGAGCCCCUCGUGACGUUCUGAUAUCUUUCCUUUUUAGUGGAUACAAUCAAGAAAGUGUUUCAGUCACUUCAUUGUUAGAUUUACUGUCCUUUUUUUUAAAUGUAUUUAUUUUUAGUUGUGCUGUCUUCAGAAAUUUACUUUUUCUCUUCCAAUUCUCAUAAUGUACACCUGUGGGAAAACCCAGCAGUGAGAUCCACACACCUGACAGGUCAGAGUUUGGAGAGUGUUAAAGUUGCACACUCAAAUACACAAAAGGUAGUGUUAAAUCUUUUUUUUAAAACAAAAGUUCAUCUUUCAUCCACUUAGAAGGGAAAAAGAGCUAAAGGAUUGAAAUAAGAAGAGGAAAGGAACCUCCUAAACUUUGCUCCACUGAGUAAACACUGCAUUUUAAUCCAUUCAAAGACACAACAGGGCGCUUGGCUUGAUUGCACAAACUCCCUAAUUGAAAGAAAUCUCCCCCCUCACUCGUUUUCCUCCUUUAUCCUCCACCUAUUCACUUAACAUUUUCUACAUUUUCCUCCUCCCAUUCUUCCCCUUUGUAUUCCUGGAAUCCUGCUCCACCCAUCCUAUCCCUCACCACAUGCACAUAUCUCACCUAAUAUAACCACCCCUCUUGUAUACAUUUUAUACCCAGUAUACUUCGACAAAGAUGCUGUAUACAUUUGUAUACGCUGUGUGCCUGUCUCCAUUGUAUGCCAUCCAUAUCUAUGUAGAGUUCACUAUGUUUUAUUGACACUGUAGUCACCAUACAAUUCUUCCUCUCAUCAUUAUUGCUCAUUCUUCUUCUGCAGUUAAAGUUGUACGACUAUAAUCUCCUAUCAUGUCCCUCUUCCAUGUCCGCCCUUGCUCCGCCACUCAAGCCCCACUCCCAACUCCCAUCUUGUGACCCUCCACUCCACACAGAAGAAAAAGAAUGUUUCACUCUGGAGAAAUUCAUGAUGUGAGAAAUAAAUGGAGGGCGGAGGUGGAGCGUAGGAGAGGGUGGGGUCGAGAAAACAGCUCACCCGAUUAAUGACAAAGAGAAAUGUCUGUAGUAUAAUUACAAAAGAGGAAAAGUGCACUAUUAUGACAAUGAUUAUUAUUGCCUGUGAAAAAUACUGAC